AUGUGUUCGUUAUCGGAAAAUUCGAGCAAUAUUACGUGCAUUCCGGAACUCCGCAACGGAAGCGGUUUGGAAGUGUUUUUGCAGCAGAAAUGGAACGAUUUUCUGGACGUUGCUGGUGACGAUCCGGCCAACCUGCACGUCUGGGUUAUGCUGGCCUGUGUAUACUCCCAGUACUGGUUAAUUGGUGGUCUGUAUGUGUUCAUGGAUGUUCGCGGAUGGCCCAGGUUUCUGCGCAAGUACAAAACGCAACCCGGUGUCAACGAACCGAUCUCGUGGGCAGAUCUUCAGCGGAUCCUGAAGACCGUGCUGAUCAACCAGGUCCUGUUGACGGUACCUAUGGCGUACUUUGGGUUCCACCUGGCAGGUAAACAUACCCUUCCGGAUGUCCGGGCCCUCCCACCGCUAACCACAAUCAUCCGAGACCUCAUAAUCUGUCUGGUCCUCUGGGAAGCCACCAACUACUGCACCCACCGCACCCUUCACCACCGCCUCAUCUACCGGUUUGUCCACAAGCGACACCACGAGUUCACGGCCCCAGUCGCUUGGGUCGCCAGCUACGUUCACCCCGUGGAACACAUCGUCAGCGAUACGAUUCCGGCUUCCAUCGGACCGGCCCUGCUCAACUGUCACCUGGUGACGGCGGUGCUGUGGUUCUGCUGGCUCGUGCACCACUCGUUGAUCACCCACUCCGGCUAUCAUCUGCCGCUGCUCAAGAGUCCGGAAGCGCACGACUAUCACCACUUGAAAUUUACCCAGUGCUACAGUCCACUUGGGAUGAUGGAUUGGUUGUUUGGGACUGAUGAUAGGUUCCGGCAGAGCAAGCACGCGAAACGGGAUCGGAGGUUGUUUGGGACCAAGUCGGCGAGGGAGUUGGUGCCGGACAAGGGUUAGGAUCGUUUGGAA